UUUUAAAGCUAUUCACAUGUUUUACGCGCGAAAACGAAUUAUUUUCGACGGUCAAUCGAUAAUAUUUAACCAAUUUAUGAAAAGCAAGAUGUAGUGAAUGCAUAAAUACCGGAAGGUACCAGUUUACAGAUAACCCAAAGCGAGCAAUGCGGUUAAAACGGGUUACAGCGGCCGGCAAGAGUUGUCAACCUUGGAGAAGGCGAUACAGCGCCUAGCCGAACGUCAGUUGCCAAGAAAGGUUAGCUUGGCUAUCGUAAGGUCAUCAUUUGGAAUCAAAACAUCAUUCCUUCUACAGAACAGGAAAGAUCCAGUUUACUACAUUCAGUUCUAUUCAGACUGUCUCUGUACAUCAUGCUGUCCACAUUACGGCACAUCGUGCGUCCAACAGAGUUACAGAGGAGGCAUGCCCUACGUCUUGCAAGCUUGUGGACUGGGAAUGAACCAAUUCAGCAAGAUGAUCCUGAGAUGUUUGACCUGAUCCAGCAAGAAAAGCAGCGCCAAUGUAGUGGAUUGGAACUCAUUGCAUCAGAGAAUUUUUGCAGUCGUGCAGCUCUGGAAGCUCUGGGAUCAUGUUUAAAUAAUAAAUAUAGUGAAGGGUAUCCUGGCCAGAGAUACUAUGGUGGAACUGAUAUUAUUGAUAAAGUAGAAUUGCUGUGUCAAAAACGUGCAUUGGAAGCCUUCCAUCUAAGUCCUGAAUUAUGGGGCGUAAAUGUUCAACCUCUUUCCGGUUCUCCAGCAAACUUCGCAGCUUACACUGCUCUCAUGCGCCCUCAUGAUCGUAUCAUGGGGCUGGAUCUUCCCCAUGGUGGACAUUUAACACAUGGUUUUAUGACUGAUACAAAAAGGGUAUCAGCAACCUCUGUUUACUUUGAAUCAAUGCCAUAUCGGCUUGAUACGCAAACAGGUCUCAUUGAUUAUGAUCGUUUACAUCAAAAUGCUCAAUUAUUUAGACCCAAGGUUAUAAUUGCUGGUACAUCAGCAUACUCACGUCUGUUGGAUUACAAACGCUUCAGAGAGAUCUGCGAUGAUGUUGGAGCAAUGCUUUUGUCCGACAUGGCCCAUAUUUCUGGUCUGGUUGCUGCACAAGUCAUUCCAAGCCCCUUUGAACAUUCUGAUGUUGUUACAACAACCACUCAUAAAACACUGAGAGGAGCUAGGUCAGGAAUGAUUUUCUACCGGCGUGGGCGUAAAAAUCCUACACCAAAAAAUAAAAAAGUUGAAGAUUAUGAUUUAGAGGAACGUGUUAAUUCUGCUGUGUUCCCAUCUCUUCAAGGUGGUCCACACAAUCAUGCUAUUGGGGCUGUUGCUGUGGCCUUAAAGCAGGCAACUACACCUUCCUUCAAAGAAUAUCAACUCCAAAUUUUGGCCAAUGCUAAAGCCAUGGCAAAGGCCCUUCUUGAUCGUGGUUAUUCUUUGGUUUCUGGAGGAACAGAUAAUCACCUUGUAUUGUUAGAUCUUAGACCAAAAAAUCUUGAUGGUGCUAGAGUUGAAACAGUCUGUAAUUUGGUUAACAUAACUGUAAAUAAAAAUUCAGUACCUGGUGAUGUAUCUGCCCUUACACCAAGUGGCCUUCGAUUAGGAGCUCCAGCGCUUACUUCACGACAGUUCAAGGAAAAGGAUUUUGAAAGUGUUGUGGAGUUCAUUGAUAAGGCAGUGAAUGUUGCAGCUGAUGUAAAAUCUAAAUCAGGAAAGAAACUGAAAGACUUCAAAGAGUUUUUGAACACAGAUUCUGAAACUAAAGUCAAACUGACAAAAUUGAAGCAAGAUGUCAAUGAAUUUGCAAAGAAGUUUCCAAUGCCUGGUUUUGAUGACCAUUGAGUUUGAAAUAGGAAAAUGGAAUCAAUUAAGAAGUGAUAAUAAUAAUUAAAUUUGAAUGUACAAUAGAAAUUGUUGAAGUAAGUUUUUCUGUUGAAGAAAGAAUAAUUGUGACUGAGAAUUCUCUUUUGCUAACCAAAUUGUGAAAAUGUUUUUCUACUGAUUAAUACUCAAGACCUUACACUCGAAGACUUCUGAAAAUAUUUUACAUUUAAUUAUUAAGUUAUUGCUGUAAUGAAGUCUUCUGUAAGAUCAUAGCCCACAUUGACGAGUUAUAAUUUAAUUAAUUUGAAUUUAAAUUUUGAUUUUUUUAAAAUUAUCUUUUCAUUUUCAUUCUUAGAUUACUUUUCUUAUUUCUGAAGGAAAUUCAUUAUUUUUAUAUUAGGAAAUACAAACUGAACAAAAUUCUCUCCAUAAAUUAUAUUUAGACUAUACCCUAAUAUUGUCUUUAUUUUCAUAUUUCCUUUUUUUUUUAAGACAAGGCAAAGGCAAACUACUUUUCUUGAGAAAGCAAAUCACAGAAUGAAUGUAGGAAGAAUAUUAUUCCUUAUUCUGCUAUAUGUCAUCCAAAUAGUAAAUAUUAUUUUUAAUGUUAAGUAAGUACGGAAGACAUGUUUUGAAUCUGUUAAUAUACAUUGUAGGAAAAUACAAGUUAUAUUUCUUGCUUGAAAAUUAAUAUUUUCUAUUUACAUAGUGCCAAACAGAAUGUAUUGAUCUGAUAUGGAAUUAAGACAUUGUUAUAAUUUUUACACUGAAGAGCAGCGUGAUUAUUUUUCUUGUAUGUUUGUUACUUAGUGAAGAAUUAUGCAUGGUAAAUUUUAUUAUGAAAUAUGUUACAUAUAUUUCUAUUAAAAUAUAUUUCUUUAAAAGUGUUGACUUCUCAUGAAUGUUGUUGCUAGAAAACAUACAAACAAAAAAUUAGAAAUAUCCAAAAACCGACUGAUUUAUUGUCUUAAGUUUUGAUUUCUACAAUAUUGCAGCAUUGUUCAAAAUCCACUUUGCAUUUUAAUUAUUUUAUUACAUUAAAAAUAAUAGUGUCAAUGUAAAACAAUGUUGGUUCCUGUAAAUGGAACUCUGAAGUAGUAAAAUGUGUAUGUGUACAUGAAUAUCUUUUUUAAUUAGUUUUCAUUUUAUGUAUUUGAUUGGCGGUUGGUAUAAAUAUUUUGUGAAAGGAAAGAUUAUGAACCUCUGAACUGAAACACUAUUUCUGUAUAUUCCAUUAAUGAUAUCACUAUUCCCAGUGACGAAUGUUGCAAAGUCUCUAGAGUAGUGAACUGGAAAAUAACUAUCUAGCUUACUCUAUAAUAGAAGUUUAUACAUGCUCAAGUAUGAAUAUAAUUCUGCCAGCACACCUUUUUAGAUUUCUUAAUUUUGUUAUCAAGAACAAGAAGCAAAAAGGGUGUUACUGAUAUACAUCAAUUUACACUUUGUGCUUUCUCAUUUAGUUAGAAGAAAGUUAGUCAGAGAAAGUUAGGUAAUGCUGCAGAAAGGUAUAUGCCGAAGUUUUGAUGGAAACUCACGUUUUCAGGGGCCUCUGGUACUGGAAGAAGUUUUAUUUUCCAAACAUUUUUGUCUGACCAUCCAACCAUAUACAAAGAAUGCUAGCACCCUAACUGUUCAGGAUUGUCUCCAAAAUUGAUAUUCCCAGCAAGAUAUUUUCUGCACCUUGAAUUUGCAAUGUGUAUUCUAAUUUUGGGGAAUUCUGUACAUGAAGUCCGAGUGACAUUUUCAAAAUUUUUUCAAAAAUGGCUCCAUAUUUUU